GCGCACGGGAACGGGAGCGGCCCGGAGAGCCCGAUCGCGCCAUGGAGGCGGCAGCGGGCGGCCGCGGCGGCUUUCAGCCUCACCCGGGGCUGCAGAAGACGCUGGAGCAGUUCCACCUGAGCUCCAUGAGCUCCCUGGGCGGCCCGGCCGCCUUCUCGGCGCGCUGGGCGCAAGAGGCCUACAAGAAGGAGAGCGCCAAGGAUGCGGGCGCGGCCUCGGUGCCGGCUCCCGUGCCUGCGGCCACCGAGCCGCCGCCCGUGCUGCACCUGCCUGCCAUCCAGCCGCCGCCGCCGGUGCUGCCCGGGCCCUUCUUCAUGCCGUCCGACCGCUCCACCGAGCGCUGCGAGACCGUGCUGGAGGGGGAGACCAUCUCGUGCUUCGUGGUGGGCGGUGAGAAGCGCCUGUGCCUGCCGCAGAUCCUCAACUCCGUGCUUCGCGACUUCUCACUGCAGCAGAUCAACUCGGUGUGCGACGAGCUGCACAUCUACUGCUCGCGCUGCACGGCUGACCAGCUGGAGAUCCUCAAAGUCAUGGGCAUCCUGCCCUUCUCCGCGCCCUCGUGCGGGCUCAUCACCAAGACGGACGCGGAGCGCCUGUGUAACGCGCUGCUCUACGGUGGCGCCUACCCGCCGCCCUGUAAGAAGGAGCUGGCCGCUAGCCUGGCUCUGGGCCUGGAGCUCAGCGAGCGCAGCGUCCGCGUGUACCACGAGUGCUUCGGCAAGUGCAAGGGGCUGCUGGUGCCCGAGCUGUACAGCAGCCCCAGCGCAGCCUGUAUCCAGUGCCUCGAUUGCCGCCUCAUGUACCCGCCGCACAAGUUCGUGGUGCACUCGCACAAGGCCUUGGAGAACCGGACCUGCCACUGGGGCUUCGACUCCGCCAACUGGCGGGCCUACAUCCUGCUGAGCCAGGACUACACGGGCAAGGAGGAGCAGGCCCGCCUCGGCCGCUGCCUGGACGACGUGAAAGAGAAGUUUGACUAUGGCAACAAGUACAAGCGGCGGGUGCCCCGGGUCUCCUCUGAAGCCCCGGCCUCCAUAAGACCCAAAACAGAUGAUGCCUCUUCCCAGUCCCCUGCAUCUUCUGAGAAGGACAAGCAGUCUAGCUGGCUCCGGACUUUGGCCGGCUCCUCCAAUAAGAGCCUGGGCUGCGCUCACCCUCGCCAGCGUCUCUCUGCGUUCCGACCCUGGUCCCCUGCAGUUUCAUCCAGUGAGAAGGAGCUCUCCCCACACCUCCCAGCCCUGAUCCGAGACAGCUUUUACUCCUACAAGAGCUUCGAGACAGCGGGGGCUCCCAAUGUGGCCCUUGCCCCGCCAGCCCAGCAGAAGGUUGUACACAGCCCGCCAUGCAGCACUGUGGUCUCCCGGGCCCCCGAGCCUCUUCCCACUUGUAUCCAGCCCCGGAAGCGGAAGCUGACUGCAGACACCCCUGGAGGCCCGGAGAUGCUGGUGCCCGUAGCUGCUGCGGAGGAGGACAAGGACUCGGAGGCCGAGGUCGAAGUGGAGAGCAGAGAGGAAUUCACUUCCUCCUUGUCCUCGCUGUCCUCACCGUCCUUCACGUCAUCCAGCUCUGCCAAGGACCUGAGCUCCCCAGGUGUGCACGCCCCUCCCGUGGCCGCCUCAGAUGCCACAGCCCACGCAGACGCCCCGAGUGGGCUGGAGGCGGAGCUGGAGCACCUGCGGCAGGCUCUGGAGGGCGGCCUGGACACCAAGGAAGCCAAAGAGAAGUUCCUGCACGAAGUGGUCAAGAUGCGUGUGAAGCAGGAGGAGAAGCUGAACGCUGCGCUGCAGGCCAAGCGCAGCCUCCACCAGGAGCUGGAGUUCCUGCGAGUGGCCAAGAAGGAGAAGCUGCGGGAAGCCACAGAGGCCAAGCGCAGCCUGCGGAAGGAGAUCGAGCGCCUCCAAGCCGAGAACGAGAAGAAGAUGAAAGAGGCCAACGAGUCUCGGGUGCGCCUGAAGCGGGAGCUGGAGCAGGCGCGGCAGGUCCGGGUGUGUGACAAGGGCUGUGAGGCCGGCCGCCUGCGCGCCAAGUACUCGGCUCAGAUUGAGGACCUGCAGGUGAAGCUGCAGCAUGCGGAGGCUGACCGCGAGCAGCUGCGGGCAGACCUGUUGCGGGAACGCGAGGCGCGGGAGCACCUGGAGAAGGUGGUGAAGGAGCUGCAGGAGCAGCUGUGGCCCCGGCCACGCCCUGAGAAUGCCGGCGGCAGUGGUGGUGGGGAGGGCGCCCCUGAGCUGGAGCCCUAGCCCAAGCCGCCCGCCGCCGGGCACAACCACGCCAGGCGCGGAGAGCAGCGGGCAGGGGUGCGGGCUUCUGCAGGCCUGGCCCGCGCCUCUGCGGCCAUACAGCACAACGUCUCUACUGUGCCUAUUACCAAGCGAGUGUUUGUAACUACACACUUUUGGAAUCCACUGCAAAAUUUUCUACUGGCCAAGUUCAAGCAAGCAGGCCGCAUUCCGGGCUGCGGCAGAGGCCAGGCCAGCCCAGCGGCUGGUGCCCAGCCUCUGCUUGCUGGAACAUUCUAACAUUUACACUUUUGUUAUAAGCUAUUUAAAACCAGUAAGGAGACUUGAUACUCAGAAGACCCACACGUUUUUUAUGACUAACUUUUAAGAACCCCAACGCGAAACGCCAUCUGGAGACCUGGCGCGGGGGGCGCUGCCCUCCCCGCCCGGAAGCCAUCAUGCUCAUCUGUGCCCGCGGCUGCGAGAGGACAGCAAGGGUUUUUCUUCAGAGUCUAUUUUUUCAGCGACAAGGACCUGGAUCUUCCUGCUGCUGCCAGGAACAGCAGGGAGAGUGCCGCGUGCGAGAUGAGCCCAACACUGCCCGCCUUACCGCCGCCCGCCCCGUGUCCUUGCCACCGCCCCGCAGGCCCCGGGAAGGCAGAGCCACCAGGAGCCUGGAGAGCCGCUGGCUGCCCUGGGCUCCACCAUGCCCGGCCCUGCCCGGCCCGCCACCGCCCGGUGGAGCGAGGUGCUGCCCUGCGUGGGGCGUGCGAGGCGGCCGGCACACCCUCCCCCUCCGGGAACACGCCGCGCGUUCAGUCUGCAAACGUCGCUCCUCGUUUCCGACUGAGGCUGCAGCAUUGGAACAAAACACAGCAUUACUAUUACUUUUUUGUUUGUUCAUUUAAACGUGUAUUUAGAACUGCACUUUGUCAAAAGUUUUCCCUUCUCUUUUUACUCCCCAGUUAACUGAGGUUUUUACAGAUUUCUAGAGCAGUUCAAACCCUAUGUGCUUGAGUGCUUAGAAUCCCCUCUGGUGCUUGGUUGAACAAGGGAAUCACAAGGAAACGAAACGCAGAAACGAACUUGGGGCUCGUCCUGUGCCUUCCAGCAUUGUGUACAGAAACCCUGGCUCCUGUCUUUUUACCCCCAAUCCCGUCUUCAGUAGCGAUCGAAUCUGCCACUGUCGAAAUAAGUUACUUGCAUUUAUUCCAAAUAAUCUCGUUUACUCUCAACUGUUUAUGCAAAUUGUAUAAGGUUUCUUAUGCCCAAGCUUGAAAAAUUACUUCCCAGUAGACAAGAGGCAGCCACCCGUCCUGAGACCGUGGUGUUACUUCACGUAAGAACGCACAGGAGCUCUUUGCCCAAGUCCAGUCCAACACCGUGGCAGCCACGAGCUGAGGGAGGUGGAGAUGGCUUGUGCAGGUACAAACGACCUCAAAAUUGUCAACCGCCGGCAGCAACAAGCAGAGACCAGAGACUGCAGAACCCUGACAUUCGGGUGAUGGAAUCGUCCGCAGGGUUCGCCCUUGGUUUACUAAGGGGGGCUCGGUUGCUGCCGGGAUCCCCCCCUUUCCCGAAGUGCAAUGCAAAAGGGACAUCAUGUAUAUGCAGCAUUUACUUGGAGUUUUUCUCUUUCUUUUGCAGUUAUGAAACCUGUAUGCAUGGGAUUUCACGCCUCUGCCAUAGCAGACCCACCCAUGGGCAUUAUUACCGUGUCUUGUAAAGGGUCAGUUUUGUUACACAACACGCAGAGCGCUGUUCUCAGCCUUGUUUUCCAGACUUGUGUGUUUUCAGUCAUUUCUUCAAGGGAAACUAAACGAUUUAGUUUGAGCAAAGCUUUAAGUGUGUUGGCGUGCUUCUGUGUGACGUCCUUGUCGCCAGCUGCAGGCGGCAGUGAGUCGGGCCCAGCUGGAGGUUUAGCUCCACAGGGACGCGCUUUGCUCAGCUCUGUUAGGUGGGGCUGCCCCUCUCCCUGCCCCUGCCACCGUGACACCCCGGUGUCCUUGCUGAGUGCUGUCCGUGACAGUGGGAAGCACUGUGUCUACACGGUGACUCGCUGGGCACUGGCUGGCCUCGGAUGGCCUUGCCGACCCAUGAGUUUGUCGCCCCUUGGCUUGCCCCUCUGGGGUAGUGGCACAGGGCAGGUGCCCCUGCAGCAGCUGGGCACGGGGCCCUCCGGGCCGCUCUGCAGCUCCCGCCCCUCACCCUGGUCGUGGUCCAGGGAAGGCUGGCAGGGUGCUGGGUUGUCCCAGCCACUCUGAUGUAGGGUGACCGUGGGCUGGGGCUUCCCCGGGGCCGCCAGUGCGGCAGGCUGCAAGUUCCGUUUCUUUGCAGGAGGGAGAGCCCCCACUCCAUUAUCGCAGGGGUUGUGUAUUCAGCUUAAGUACUCAUCAUUUCUAUCCUGAAAGAUUUUAACGAAGGGAAAAACAGCAAUAACAUUCAUAUCUGUGGAGCAGCUAACUCGUACAUGACUCCCCGCUUUCCGUACAGAAACUAGCCAAUGUAAAAACAACUAACAUGUAAAUACUUUUUUUCAUUUUACACCGUUGUAUUAUACAUGUAUAUGGUGGCUCCUUUUUCAGAAACUUUCUUACUUGGUAGUUGUCUUGUUUUCCGGGCUGUUUUUAACUGAGGAAGAAAAUUGCUUGCCCGCCAGUGGGACCGAGUGGCCGGCCGGGGUCCUGGUGGCGUCUCCUCCCUCGGCCGAGCCGCAGCCCUUGCCCAACCCAGCCUCGACCUCUGCCCCCUGCCCCGCGCCGUGGGCUGAGGGGCACCUCUUGCUUUACGUCAGGAGUCUCAAGUGACAUUUUUUCAAUUAAAGGAAAAACCCCAUUUCCAACCUUUACAUGCUCCAGAGCCCCUGCCCCUGCCGUGUCCUCUGCUGCUGCUAAUGACAAUACGACGGCUUACUCUGCUACUCGAGAGCUAUUUUUAUGUAAUUAAUGUAUGCUUUCUUGUUUAUAAAUGCCUGAUUUAAAAAAGGAAAAAAGAAAAAGCUUGGCAUAUUUAUCUAUUUCGCUGUGUACCUGUUAGUCCUCCCGCCCCCUUGGAAGUGAUGACAUUGUACAAUAAAGGACUCGGAGAGCA